AUGAUCAGUGAGCAAGGGUCGGGUUGUCGCAGCCUCUGUGGCGCCCUACAUCUGCGCCCGGGUGUAGUGAAAAAUGAGCAAGGGUCUUCGCAUUUCUCUCGACAGGUGCGAAGGGUAAGUGUUAGAUAUAUAUGUAUAGCCGGCUGUACAUUGCCUUAUAUAGGUGAUUGAUAACAUUCCAGUCUAGGAGAUUGUAUCCUUGUACACUAAGCCCCUUGGCUUUAUAUAUGAAAGGUCACACCCCCCCCCCAUUGGGUGUGGUGUGUUUUCCCAUUCUAUCUCUCUACAUGGUAUCAGGAGACCAGUUAGAAAUUCCUAAUCACCUUCCUUUUCCGCUGCCUUCAACCUCUUCAUUCUGAUCUGCGCCGUGCGUUCCCCGCACAGGCGUCCACCCACCGGCGCCGCCAUCCCUCUGGCCGCACCUCACUCGCCGUGCGUUCCCCGCACAGGCGUCCACCCACCGGCGCCACCAUCCCCCUGGCCGCGCAUUCCUUCCCUCCCGCACCAUCAUGUCGACGGAUUCAACCCAGCCCUCGACAACCUCUCCUCCCAUCGGCGCGUCCUCCCCUGCUUCUGGCGGCGCGACUGGCGGCGCCAUCUUCAUCAACCCCUACGCCACCAUCUCCGUCAAAGCCCACGUGCCGAUCACCCUUGAGUUGAAGAACCCCAACUUCACCAGGUGGUCCGCCUAUUUCCGCGACAUGUGCGGGAAAUUUGGUCUUCUGCGGCACCUCGACGGCCCCUUCCCCGUUGCCGGUCAGGCCGUCGAUCCCGCGUGGGCUGAGGUGGAUUGCUGCGUCCGUAGCUGGAUCUACGGAUCCGUCGCGGAGGACGUCCUCGACAUGACCAUGGACGGCACCACCCAGACGGCCCGCGCGCUGUGGACCGCCAUCGUCGCUCUGUUCCAGGCGAACAAGGCACCACGGGCCAUCUUCCUGAGUCACGAAUUCCAUUCGUUGACUCAGGGGGACUCCACAAUCAACGACUACUGCCACCGCGUGAAGACCGCCGCCGACAAGCUGCGCGACGUCGACCAGCCCGUCUCCGAGUCGACCCUUGUCUUCAAUCUGCUCCGCGGAUUGAACAAGGAAUUCUCCAACACCGUCGACAACAUCGCCGCCAACAACCUCUCCUUCUCCUACACUCGCGACUUGCUCCUCCUCAAGGAACUGCGCCUCGCGAACGAGAUCAAGGUUGCGGUGGCCACGGCCCUGGUCGCUGGCUCUGCUCCCUCCUGUGGCGCCUCCGGCUGCCGCUCCUCCUCCUCGAGUGGCGGACAGCAGCAGCCACAGCGCCCACGGAACAACAGGAAGGGCGGCAAGAAAUCCGGCGGCGGCUACGGCGGUGGCAGCGGCUCCGGCGGCAACAACCACUACGGCGGCGGCGGCGGCCAGCAGCAGCACGGCCCCACACCUCCGCCCGCGCCUUGGAUUUGCAUGUCCCCGGGCGGGCAGUUCUGGAACAUCUCCCCCGGCGGUAACACUGGCGGCGGGCACCCCUGGCGCUCCCAGCAAGGCAUCCUGGGCUCAGCUCCUCCGCAGCAGGCCCACACCGCCUUCGCCCCGCUGCACGUCUCGCCUCCGCCACAGCACAACCCGUCGCCAACUCCCUCUUGGGAUCAGGCCGGGCUGAUCGCCGCCCUCCAGCAGAUGUCGAUGCAAGGCGGCUCUCCAUGGGUGGUGGACUCCGGAGCUUCCUCCCACAUGUCUUCAUCGGAUGGACCUUUCGACGGGGCGCGUGAUGCUUCGCUGCAAUAGCACUGGAGAUCUCUACACCUUGCCACAGUCCAACACCAGCCCGUCUGCACUUCUGGCUGCCUCUUCCUCCCUGUGGCACCAACGUCUUGGACAUCCAGCAC